AUGAACAAAUCCCAUCACAACUAUAUGCACUGCCACUCCAUCCUCGCCCUCUUCGCUCUUGUCUAUGGUGCAUCGGCCCAAUGCUUCGGCGGCGGUGGCGGCUGCUUCCUUCCACCACCGCCAUGUUCCGGAUGUGGAUGUGGAAAUGAGUGCGGACCACAAGUGACGCUCGUCCAGAUUCCGAGCAACAACGGAUGCUCGUGCUCGCCGUGCUUCCAACCGAUCUGCCCGCCGAGAUGCAACUCGUGCCCGCCGCCUCCGAUUAUCAUCGGGCUGAGCUCCUGCUGCAACGAUAAUAGUGAGUUUUCAUUGAAAUUUGUUUGCAUAGACCAUAUUUGCAAAUGUUGCAGACUUCUCGUGCUGUGGAUUCCGUCAUCGCCGUCAUCUAAAGGCCAAAGAGACUAUUGAGGCCGUGUCGAACGCUACGAAGAUUCAAGAAUGA